CUGUCCUCCGACCUACCUUCACCGGAGGAGGAAGGAUUGUGGCCGUGGGUUCCGCCGCCUCGGGAGCCUUUGGAACCCUUGGUCUGGUGACCGCGGGGGCGGCAGAGACAGCGAGGGUGGCGACAAGCCCCCCUCGCUGCCGCGAUGCUGCGCUCCCGGGCCGAGGCGGCGGUGACCGCGGCUGACAGGACCAUCCAGCGCUUUCUGCGGGCUGGGGCUGCUGUCAGGUGCUGGGCUUUGGAGCUGAGCACCACACCUCCAUUACUGUAAAUGACUGAGACCCGUUGCUCAGAUAUAAAGUCAUGAAAAACUGGGGAGUUAUAGGUGGAAUCGCUGCUGCCCUUGCAGCAGGAAUCUAUGUUAUUUGGGGACCCAUUACAGAAAGGAAGAAACGCAGAAAAGGGCUUGUACCUGGCCUCGUUAAUUUAGGGAACACCUGCUUCAUGAACUCCUUGCUACAGGGCUUGUCUGCCUGUCCUGCCUUCAUCAGGUGGCUGGAGGAGUUCACCACCCAGUACACCAGGGACCAGAAGGAGCCCCCGCCACACCAGCACUUGUCCUUGACCCUGCUGCACCUCCUGAAAGCUUUGUCCUGCCAAGAAGUGACCGAGGAUGAGGUCUUAGAUGCCAGCUGCUUGCUGGAUGUCUUGAGGAUGUACAGAUGGCAGAUCUCUUCCUUUGAAGAACAGGAUGCUCAUGAAUUAUUCCACGUCAUUACCUCAUCCCUGGAAGAUGAGCGAGAUCAUCAACCACGGGUCACACAUUUGUUCGAUGUCCAUUCCCUGGAGCAGCAGUCAGAAAUAACUCCCAAACAAAUAACCUGCCGCACAAGAGGGUCUCCUCAUCCCACGUCCGAUCACUGGAAGUCUCAACACCCAUUUCAUGGAAGACUUACUAGUAAUAUGGUCUGCAAACACUGUGAACACCAGAGUCCUGUUCGAUUUGAUACCUUUGAUAGCCUUUCACUAAGUAUUCCAGCUGCCACUUGGGGUCAUCCAUUGACCCUGGACCACUGCCUUCACCACUUCAUCUCAUCGGAGUCUGUGCGGGAUGUUGUAUGUGACAACUGUACAAAGAUUGAAGCAAAAGGAACAUUGAACAGGGAAAAAGUGGAACACCAGAGGACCACAUUUGUUAAACAGUUAAAACUAGGGAAGCUCCCUCAGUGCCUGUGCAUCCACCUCCAGCGGCUGAGCUGGUCCAGCCAUGGCACGCCUCUGAAGCGGCAUGAACACGUCCAGUUCAAUGAGUUCCUGAUGAUGGACAUCUACAAGUACCGUCUCCUGGGACAUAAACCCAGUUGGCACAACCCUAAACUGAGUGAGAACUCAGGGCCUGUGCUGGAACUGCAGGAUGGGCCGUCAGCCCCCAAACCAGUUCUGAAUCAGCCAGGGGCCCCCAAGACACAACUUUUUAUGAAUGGCGCCUGUUCCCCAUCUUUAUUGCCAACCCUGACACCUGUGAUGCCCUUCCCUCUCCCAGCUGUUCCUGACUACAGCUCCUCCACAUACCUUUUUCGGCUGAUGGCCGUUGUCGUCCACCAUGGAGACAUGCACUCUGGACACUUUGUCACUUACCGACGGUCCCCGCCUUCGACCAAGAACCCUCUCUCCACCAGCAACCAGUGGCUGUGGAUUUCAGAUGACACUGUCCGAAAAGCCAGCCUACAGGAGGUCCUGUCUUCCAGUGCUUACCUGCUGUUCUAUGAACGGGUUCUCUCCAGGGUUCAGCACCAGGGCCAGGAGUACAAGUGUGAGGAGUGACUGGCCAGCCCCGACCUGGAUCUGGUAGAGCUGUCCACACUGUCCAGGACAAAAGCAAAGUCAUGCCGUGCGCACAUGCAAGCAGCCCCACUAGAAGGCCCUUUGCCCUUCCAGUGUGUUCUAAGAGCAGGGUUCACAGAGGAGCCAGCCCCAAACAGCUCUACCAGUACACACUGGGAGGUGUCAUCAUGUUAAGAAAGCAUUCAUUGUGUCUAGAGCGUCUUUUUACUCACCCAGCACAGGUAAUUAAAAGAAAUCAGAUUCCGAAAGCCACCUUUUCUAUAUUGUAAUAUGUUAGGUGUUCUCAGAGGGGAGUUACCUUUGUUGAAUCCUUGGACCUUUUAGCAUAGAUCUUAUUUUUAAUAAGCAGGCCCAUAAAUUUGUUGACAAGAAUUUGCAAAAAUCAUUAAAGGCAACAAUUUAAGAAGAAAAAGUGCCUUUCACUUUCAAUUGCUUUUGUAGCACAUCCAUUCUAAGAAACAGACAUUGACCAAGAGUAACAUAAACAUUUUUGAAAAGCUCUAUUUCUUCCACGUUACUUGGAGGAUAUCAAAAGAACAGUUAAAAGAUGCCUAAAGAACACCUCCCUCCAAUUUUUGUAUGCCUUUUCUAACCUUUCAAUUUUUUUUAUGUAGUAAAGUCUCAUUUGCCAAAUCUGCCCCCCACCCCCCGGGGAAAUUCUUUCACUACUUUGUCAGUAACUAAGUGAAAUGCUUCUGUGCCACUUUUAUCUUUUGUAUACUGGAUGGAGAGAUAUGAUUAUAUUUUAAAACUGACUAGCCAGACUUGAGCAAGUACCUCAGCAUCUGUGCCGCACCUGGGACUGCUCUGCUCUGUAGGAAACUCCUUCUUACACAAGGACAGUUUUUUCCUGUUUUAUUUAUUGCCUGUGCAGACCACUUAAGAUCUGCAGGUAGGAGUUUGGGGCUUUGUAAAAUGACAAUCGCUGCCUUGACUGAGAGCUGGAUUAGGAAGGACUGGCGCUGACCUGGGACUGCAGUCUGUCUGGACGUCUGUGUCCUCAUUUGCACAAUGGAGGGUUAGAUUCGAGGUCAGCCCUUACCACAGGAGGAGGCUGCAUCUGAUUUUUCAAACUUCCAUAACUACAGUGGACGCCUAUGUUGCCGUUGUGUUCUAGGUCCAUAUUCUAAAUUUAUUCUUUGUUUCCAGUAGCUUAAUACAAGAACAGUAUACCGAGCAUUUUCUUCUCUUUUCAGAUAAGUCUCUUGAAUGCAGCCCAGGGCUGAAGAAGGCAUUUUGAUGACACAGUCUCUCUGUUUUAGCUAAGUUUGUAAUUAAAAAUUUUUUAUAAAGGAUAUCAAAUUCAAACUGACUCUUCAGAGAUAAGAUUUGAAAUCAGACCUAUCUAAAAGGUCACCUGAGGUUAGGCUGAGAACUCUGCUUUCUCUGUUGGGGGUAAGCUGGCAGAACCUUCCAGACGUGCCUUUGGCAUUAGCUAAAAGUGCAAGAAGCCCAGGUGAUCACCAUGUGGCCGGGCGCAAUGUGCAUCCUGAGGACUCAGUAACUCUCCCUGCCGAUAGAAUAUACUGUGAAGGUUCUUCAGGCUGUGGACAUUGGUUUAAAAGGAGCAGCUUGAAUCUCCUGAUCUUUCACUGUUGGCCCUGUAGACCUUGGCUUUGAGGAUGAAAUGACUGCGCUUGUUUGACCUGAGUCUGGGGGAACAAAGGAUUCUGUGACCUGAAAUGCAUUGCAAAGGGUAGCUUUGAGUAAUGCUAUUGUUCCAGUGCUGACUCUGAAAUUAGCCCUCGAAGAGGUAUGUGUGGAAGGACAGGCCUUCAGACGUUCAGGUGUUGAGCAGGUCUUUGGUCAGGCCGAGGUUUGAGCAAAGGUUGUAAAUGUGAAGGAUAGCCUAAUGAAAGCUAACUUCCUCAUUUUGUAAGUUAUUAGACAUUAAGUAGCAGCCAGAUAAUCUGGUUUCUACUUUUAAAUUAUUUACAAAGUCAGUAGCUUUUUUUUGGAAAAAUUUAAACUAGUUUAUGCCAUAACUGCUGAUUUAUGUAUUUGCUAAAGGUACUUUUGUAUCUGCUAUGUAUUAUAGCAAUAAAAGAAUCAUUUUGUUAGGAAAAAAAUCAACUGGUAUUUCUCUUCUAAUUUGCUGAUUUGAUACAGAUUAUCCUCUUUUUGAAUGGUGCAUUGCUUUUAUUAAAUUGCUUCUGUGUA